AUGGCAAUCGACGCUUUAGGAAGCUCGAGACGCAACAGUGGUCAACAGAUCGGGGAGAACAGCCCCCCUGCCGCAGCUGAAGGCGGCAACGAAAAAGACGGAGUCGGAGUGGGAAGUAGCAAUGCGUCAGUUCCUACGUUCGAGAUCAGGGAAUACUCGGACUCGGCGAGCGAUGAUGAAAACAACGAUACAGCGGAGGCAAAAGAGAGCGCCGAAACAAAACGAGUCGAAGAUCGAGAAGAGAGCGGAGACGACGACCGGCACCGAACGGCGUCCGACGAAGAACACGAGAUGGAUAUGGCGCAGCAGAAGAAAAACAGACGGGCACGGGCUCAGCCCGGAGCCAAAGGGGGAGGGCGACGAGACACGGGAAGAGGUGGUUGGUUCCAGUUGUUAGGACGGAAGAAGACUCAGUUCGAGCCCGGUGAUCUCGUCGAGGCCGAGUGGGCUGGAACUGGGUGGUGGUACGUGGGGUACAUCGGGUCCGGGUCUGGGGAGCGGGGAGAAGAAUCUACGGGUGGUACGGGUGGUGUACCACAAGCGAAAACUUCGAAACGAAGUAAAGAGUUGUUUCACGUCGUGUUUGAAGACGGCGACGAGGCGGACGUUAUCAGGAGAGACUUGAAGCGACUGCAACCAACAGACCUGGACGUACGCCCAGAGCAAGCAGUGGUGUGA